CUAGUUUUUGGUGAGUGGGAUACUAGAUUGACCAGACCAAUAUAUCAUCAUCGUGGUACUUUGAAACUCAAGUUAUGAUGAUGUCAUGCGUGUUUAAUGUCGUGGAUUUCUCCUCCCAUUAUUCUCCUCAUCUUCAUCUUCAUCUUCAUGCUCAUUCACAGAUUACUCCGCCGUUACUGUCUAAACGUGCCAUCAACAGAUUCUGGAAUUGUAAUAGUGAUUCCAUCAAUCAUCAAACACCUCGUUUCGUCAAAAUGCAAUCAAAUAUAACUUCAAAUUCAAUUCCCACUCCUAUCCACACCUUUGACUCUGAACUCAACAAAAUUCCACAUGUUCUCACUGUUGCCGGUUCCGAUUCCGGUGCCGGUGCCGGUAUCCAGGCUGAUCUCAAAACUUGUUCUGCUCGCCGUGUUUACUGUUCUACUGUUAUCACUGCUGUUACUGCACAGAACACUCUUGGAGUUCAGGGUGUUAACAUUGUGCCUCAUGAUUUUGUUCAACACCAGUUAAACUCUGUGCUCUCUGAUAUCAACGUUGAUGUGGUCAAAACAGGCAUGCUACCCUCUCUAAGUGUGCUGAAGGUCCUUUGUCAGAGUCUUAGGAAAUUUCCCGUCAAAGCUCUUGUGGUUGAUCCUGUGAUGAUAUCUACUAGUGGAGACAUUCUUGCUGGUCCUUCUGUUCUUGAUGGAUUUAGGGAGGAGCUGCUUCCCAUGGCUGAUAUUGUAACCCCAAAUGUUAAAGAGGCAUCAGCUUUGCUUGGUGAUUUGCCAAUUAAGACAGUUUCUGACAUGCGUACUGCUGCAAAAUUGAUACAUGAUUUGGGUCCUAGGAGCGUGCUUGUCAAAGGUGGUGAUCUCCCAAAUUCAUCAGAGGCUAUUGAUAUAUUUUAUGAUGGUCAGGAAUUUUACGAGCUUUCUUCGCCGCGAGUAAAUACUCGCAAUACUCAUGGCACUGGUUGUACUAUGGCAUCAUGCAUAGCAGCAGAGCUGGCAAAAGGUUCAUCAAUGCUUUCAGCGGUUAAGAUAGCUAAACGUUUUGUUGAGGCUGCCUUGGAGUACAGCAGAGACUUGCUUAUUGGAAACGGAGUCCAAGGCCCCUUUGACCAUCUUUUGGCACUUAAGAAUAUCAACCAGAGCUCUUAUAGGCAGGAUAGGUUCAAUCCCAAUGACUUAUUUUUAUAUGCUGUAACGGAUUCAGGAAUGAAUAGAAAGUGGGGUCGUUCUAUUGCUGAAGCAGUCAAGGCUGCUGUAGAAGGUGGUGCAACCAUUGUCCAAUUAAGGGAAAAGGACGCUGAGACAAAGGACUUUGUUGAUGCUGCCAAAGUAUGCCUUAAAAUAUGCCGUUCGUAUGGAGUACCUUUGCUUAUAAAUGACCGUAUAGAUGUAGCCCUUGCUUGUGAUGCGGAUGGUGUUCAUGUUGGUCAGUCUGACAUGCCUGCACGUCUUGCUAGAACUAUCCUUGGUCCUGAAAAGAUAAUUGGAGUAUCAUGCAAGACGCCAGAACAUGCACAUCAAGCAUGGCUCGAUGGUGCUGAUUACAUUGGCAGUGGUGGUGUAUAUCCCACUAAUACAAAGGAAAACAAUCGUACUAUAGGCUUAGAUGGGUUGAAGGAGGUGUGCAAGGCCUCUAAGCUUCCUGUUGUUGCGAUUGGUGGCAUUGGUAUGUCAAAUGCACGUGCUGUAAUGGAACUUGGUGUACCAAGUCUCAAAGGAGUUGCUGUUGUGUCUGCUCUAUUUGAUAGGGAGUGCAUUUUGACUGAGACAAGAAACUUGCAAGCUGUAAUUAGUGAGGCAGCAUUGUUGACGCAAUGAACAUACUGCAAUCAGGGAGGGAUUUAAUUUAAUUAAAGGAGUGGUUGCUGGUUAUAAGAAUCCUGAUUGUUUUCACCUUCAAGGGAAAUACAUUAUUGCAGAAGAUUCUUUGCAGACCAUGCUAAACUUGUAGAUUCAAAUUUUGAAUAAAAUUAAUGUGUGUAAUGCUCAAUACCUGGGAUGGACAAAAUAUAUUUGGUUGUACAUAUAUUUGCCUUUGUUGGGUACAUGCUUGAAUCGUAACAAGAAUGAAUGUUCGGAGACUUCAGUGAAUAUCAUGCAAUUAAAGUAUCUUAUGCUACAA